ACCAUGACCAACAGGUGCAUCCUCCAAUUUGCUCUCCUGUUGUGUUUCUCCACCACAGCUCUUUCCAUGAGCUACAACUGGCUUCGAUUCCAACAAAGAAGCAGCAAUUUAGCCUGCCUGAAGCUCCUGUGGCAGUUAAAUGGAACUCCUCAAUAUUGCCACAAGGACAGGAUGGACUUCAAGCUCCCUGCGGAGAUUAAACAACCACAGCAGUUCCAGAAGGAGGAUACCGUAUUGAUCAUCCAUGAGAUGCUCCGGCAGAUCUUUGAUAUUUUCCAAAGAAAUUUCUCUAGCACUGGCUGGAAUGAAACCAUCAUUAUGAAUCUCUCUGAGACACUCGGUGGGCAGAUGGACCGUCUGGAGACAGCUAUGGAGGAAAUGGAGAAGGAAAACUUCACCUGGGAAAGCAUGACAGUGCUGCAUCUAGAGAAUUAUUACUUUAGGAUCAUGAGGUACCUGGAGACCAGGUUGUACAGCAGAUGUGCCUGGACAGUAGUCAAAGCGGAAAUUCUCAGGAACUUUUCCUUCCUUAAUGGACUUACAGAAUACCUCCAAAACUGA